AUGGCAUUACUGAUUAUACUGAUUAUCUGCUUUGUGAUUAUUCUUGCUUCUUCUCAGCCUUGCCAGACCCCUGAUGACUUUGUGACUGCCACUUCUCCAGGACAUAUCAUGAUUGGAGGUUUGUUUGCCAUUCAUGAAAAAAUGCUGUCCUCAGAUGACUAUCCCAGACGACCCGAAAUCCAGAAGUGUGUUGGCUUUGACAUAUCAAUCUUUCUUCAUACUCUUGCCAUGAUACACAGCAUUGAGAUGAUCAAUAAUUCAACACUCUUAUCUGGAGUCAAACUGGGGUAUGAAAUCUAUGACACUUGUACUGAUGUCACAGUGGCAAUGGCAGCUGCUCUGAGGUUUCUUUCUAAGUUCAACUGCUCCAGAGAAAUCGUGGAGUUAAAGUGUGACUAUUCCAGCUACAUGCCAAGGGUUAAGGCUGUCAUAGGUGCUGGCUACUCAGAAAUAACCAUGGCUGUCUCCAGGAUGUUGAAUUUGCAGCUCAUGCCACAGGUGAGUUAUGAAUCAACUGCAGAAAUCCUAAGCGACAAAAUUCGCUUCCCUUCAUUUUUACGGACUGUGCCCAGUGACUUCUACCAAACUAAAGCAAUGGUCCAUCUAAUUCAGAAAUCUGGAUGGAACUGGAUUGGCAUCAUAACCACAGAUGAUGACUACGGACGAUUGGCUCUCAACACUUUUGCAAUCCAGACCGCGGCAAAUAAUGUGUGCAUAGCCUUCAAAGAAGUUAUCCCAGCCUUCCUCUCAGAUAACACCAUCGAAGUCAGGAUCAAUCAGGCACUUGAGAAAAUCAUAGCAGAAGCCCAGGUUAAUGUCAUUGUGGUAUUUCUGAGGCAAUUCCAUGUUUUCAAUCUCUUCAAUAAAGCCAUUGAAAGGAAUGUAAAUAAGACCUGGAUUGCUAGCGAUAUUUGGUCAACUGCCACCAAGAUCACCACCAUUCCUAACAUUAAAAGGAUUGGCAAAAUUGUGGGGUUUACCUUUACAAGAGGGAAUAUGUCCUCUUUCCAUUCCUUUCUACAAAAUCUGCAUUUAUUUCCCAGUGAUAAUAACAAGCCCUUAAAUGAAUACGCCAUGCUCUUGUCUGCCUGUGCUCAUGUCAAGGACAGUGAUUUGAGUCAAUGCAUUUCCAACCAUUCUCAGGGGACUUUGACCUACAAGGCUAACAAGGAUAUAGAAAGGAACUUCUCUCUGAGAAAUGACUUCCUGUGGGAUUACACUGAGCCAGGAUUUGUUCACAGUAUUCAGCUCGCAGUGUUUGCCCUUGGUUAUGCAGUUCAGGAUCUGUGCCAAGCUCAAGAUUGUCAGAACCCUAACGCCUUUCAACCAUGGGAGUUACUUGAUGUACUGAAAAAUGUGACAUUCACUGAUGGAGGUAAUUCAUUUCAUUUUGAUGCCCAUGGGGAUAUGAAUACUGGAUAUGAUGUUGUGCUCUGGAAGGAGAUCAAUGGCCACAUGACUAUCACCAGGUUGGCACAAUAUGACCUGAAGAAUGGUGUCUUCAUCAUCACAGACCAAGAAGCAAAAAACGAGUUCAGAAAUCUCAAGCAAAUUCAAUCUAAAUGCUCCAAGGAAUGCAGUCCUGGGCAAAUGAAGAAAACUACAAAAAGUCAACAUAUCUGCUGCUAUGAAUGUGUGGACUGUCCUGAAAAUCACUACAGUAAUCAGACAGAUAUGGAUCACUGCCUUUUAUGCAACAACGAAACUCACUGGGCCCCAGUAAGGAGCACCGUGUGCUUUGAAAAGGAAGUGGAGUAUCUCAGCUGGAAUGACUCCUUGGCUAUCCUGCUCAUGGCCCUCUCUCUUCUGGGAAUCAUGUUUGUUCUGGCCAUUGGCAUAAUAUUUACAAGAAACCUGAACACACCCGUUGUGAAAUCAUCCGGGGGGUUGACAGUCUGCUAUGUGAUCCUUCUCUGUCAUUUCCUCAACUUUGCCAACACGGGCUUUUUUGUUGGAGAACCACAGGAUUUCACGUGUAAAACCAGGCAGACACUGUUUGGUGUGAGCUUUACUCUCUGCAUCUCCUGCAUUUUGAUGAAGUCUCUGAAAAUUUUGCUAGCCUUCAGCUUCGAUCCCAAGUUGCAGAACUUUUUGAAGUGCCUCUAUAAACCUAUCCCCAUCAUCUUCACUUGCACAGGUAUCCAGGUUGUCAUUUGCACACUCUGGGUAAUUUUAGCAGCACCUACUGUGGAAGAGAAUGUCUCCUUGCCCAGAGUCAUUAUCCUGGAAUGUGAGGAGGGAUCUGUCCUCGCAUUUGGCACCAUGUUGGGCUAUAUUGCCAUCUUGGCCUUUAUCUGCUUCAUAUUUGCCUUCAAAGGCAGGAAAUUACCUGAGAAUUACAAUGAAGCCAAAUUCAUAACAUUCGGCAUGCUCAUUUACUUCAUAGCUUGGAUCAUAUUCAUCCCUGUCUAUGCUACCACAUUUGGCAAAUAUUUGCCAGCUGUCGAGAUUAUUGUUAUUUUGAUAUCUAACUAUGGGAUCCUGUGUUGUAUGUUCUUCCCCAAAUGCUAUGUUAUUCUUUGUAAGCAAGAGACUAACACAAAAUCUGCCUUUCUCAAGAUGAUUUACAGUUACUCUUCCCACAGUGCAGGUAGCCUUGCUAUGAGUCAUGUUUCACUGGACUCCACCAACAGCAAUAUCCCAAUGACCAAUCCCAGCCCUGGUGGCAAGUCUGCAGCCUGGCAGAAAAGCAAAGAUCUUGAGGAGCAAGUGUUUGGACGCAUUUGUAGAGAAAAUGCUACAAGUAUAUCUAAAACUUUGCCUCGGAAAAGAAUUUCAAGUAUAUGAAUAAGUCCUUAAGAGAUGGCACAUUCCGGAAGAAAAUGUUUCUAGGGUCUUAGCGUUUAAAAUGUGCACUUACUUUCUGAGCAAAUAUAUCCUAUGUGUUUCUUCACUGCCUCUAUCUUCACCCAAUUUUGGUAGAACACUCCCUCUGUCCAACCACCUGCUUAACAAAGAAAAUAGAGCCAUCAGCUUGAAACUCCAUCCAUUCCCACCUUCUAUUUGCCUCCAUCUUUAUCUCCUUCCUCUUAGGCACAUAGGGAAAGGUAUCUCUUCUAUUCAAAAUCAGCCCAUAAUGUAUCAUCCUUGCCCCAUCCUCUACCACCUCUUCUCAAACCUCUUUGUGUGGGUUCUCCUUCUGUAUUGAGCAUCUUUACCUUCCCACCUCCACUGCUUAGUUCAGUUGAACAAGCAUUUGAGCAGUUACCAUGUGCCAGGUGAUGUGCUAAAUACAAAUUUACAAGAAGGAUCAAGACAUCAUUUCUGACCUCAAGGAGCUCAAAAUCCAAGGGAAGGCAGUCAUGUAUAGACGUCUUCAAUUCAGGUGGGAAAUUCUAUGAUUGUAAUGUGCAUAAGGCACUAUAACAGUGUAGUUAAGUGGCACUUAGUCAUCCUGGGGAUCUUGGGAGGGUUUCAAAAAAGGCUAAGUAAAAGGUAUGAUGUUUAUGAAAGACGAAUAAGAGUGAGCUUAAUCAAAGAAAGUACAGAAAGCUGUUCCAGAUAAAAGGGGCAAGCAGAAGAGGUGGCAGAAAGUGUGUCGAGAAGGUGUAUUCAGGGAAGUACAGUUAUUUUGGGAUUAGUAGACAGAAGUCCUCUUUUAUACGUAGAGGUUAGGUCAUGAAUGAAUGCCUCAGACUGAAAUUCUUUUUUAAGGAGCUUAGGUCUUUAUCUUGUGGGCAGAGGGUGGCCAAAAAAUGUCUGGCAAAAAGGUAAUAGGUUCAAAAUCCCAUUUUAAGAAGCUCACUCUGAUACGGGGUGGAGGAUGGAGUCUCUCUGAGAAAGAAUUAGGAUCUAUACUAGGAAAUAGAAGGGAGGAUAUGUAUAUGUAUUCAAGCUAUAUAGAAGGUGGUCAUUUAUCUGAAGUAGUUGGUGAAGGAUGAGUUAUAGGCUUCUGGUUUGAUUUAUUGAGAAGUGACACAAAUACAGGAGGAUGACAGGUUUAGAGUAGAAGAUGGAAUAUUGAAUUUGAGGUGACUGGAGUAAUUUCAAGACGUAUCAAGCAUUCAUAUGUAUAUAAGGGGGUAAGUCAGGGCUGGUGAUACGGAUUUGGAUGUCACAGUCACAUCACCCUCAUCCUUAUAAAGCAGAGAAACAUACAAAAUAACAUUGUCCUCAAUCUUUUUUUUUUCUGCUUUAUCUCCCCAACCCCGCCCCUCCCGUACACAGUUGUAUAUCUUAGUUGUAUAUCUCAAUCUUGACAUUCUCUUUAGCUACCACUCUUUUUCUCCCUCCUUUUCACAACUGAAAGUUUGAAGGAAUAGCGUCAUUGAUUGUGACCCAUUAGUUCUGAGUCCAUGAAAUCUGGCUUUUAGUUGCACUGCUGUGCCAAAAUAGCUCACAGAGAAGUUACCUGUGACUUUUUAUCUGUCUAAUUGGAUGGUCAUUUUUAAGUGUUCACCUGCUUUGAAUCUUAAUGGCAUUUGUGGUACGAUUCCUCCUUGAAAUUCUCCCUCUUCACCCCUUUCAUGAUUUUUUAUAACUUUCAGUUAUUUAAAACACUUCACUGUGAUGCAAAGGCUCUUGUGGUUCUCCUCUGACAUCCCUGACUAUUCAAUUUUGGUCUCUGUUGCCGGUAUGUCUCCCUCUACUUGGCUCUUAAAUGUGGGUAUUCCCCACAGUUCCACCCUCAAUCUAAAUCUCUUUUCUCUCAACACACUCACUCACUAUAAUAUUAUCCAUUUUCAUGUCUUCACUUUGACCCAGACAACUUGCAAAACCACAUCUCUGGUCCAGAUCACUCUCUAACCAAUCCACCUGCUAGUCCCUCUAACACUUCAAAGUCAAUGUGCCUAAAAUUUAUUCCAUUAUUGUCUUCUCCUAACUCCUUCUCCUCUUGUUUUCCAUUUCUCAGCGUGUGGUACUACCUUUGGACUAGUUGGAACCCUGGGAUUCACGCUAUUCAUCCUUGACUCCACUAUCUCCUUCACCCUUCUAUACCUUUAAUUCAUCAUCUGUCUUUUAUUUUCUAAUUCCUACUUUUUCUCGAAACCUUGCCAUGAUCUCUAUCCCUGUCAUUACUUCUUAAUCUAGGUCUCCAUCACUUUUUCCAUAUAUUGUUGCAGUAGCCUCCUAAUUUGAUUUUGGUCUCUCAAUGUUUUAUUCUAAGUAUAAAGCAGGUCUUGCAAAACUUUCUGCUCAUUUCCACUGGAUAUAUUUCUAUAGUAAAAACCUCUUAGGUACUCAAUUGUUUCAAAACCUGCAAUAAGUCAAAAAUCCUUAUCCUGACGCCCAGGCUCUUCAAGUCCAGCACCAAUGUCUACCCCUUCCUGCCUGGUGCAUUACCCUGGUGAAACGGUCAACUGCAAGUGAUUGUCUGUACACACACCAUGCUACUUCAUGCCUCAGAGCCUGCCUCUUCUCUCUGUGUUGAUGUCCUCUCCACUCCCCGUCUUCCUGGAACACUCUAGCUAAUCCACCAGACAAAACUGAAGUGUCUCUCCUACCACACCUUCCUUUCUGCCUCUGCCACAGCACCUAUUACACUUUAGUGCAUUUACUUGUUUUUAUUUUAAUUUGUUCAAUUAAUAUUUAUCAAGCCCCUACUAUGGACUUGGCAUAAUUCUAUGCAUGGGGAAUGUAAAAAUGACAAAGGGCAUGCAAGUUCUUUCCUCUCAAGGAGUUUACAUUCUAGUGUUUUCACCGUUUUGCCCAUGGGCAGUCAAGUCUCCUUUAGUAACACCUCUCUCAACUGUUCUUUCUUCUCUACUACUACCUCUGUCAUCGCCAUGAUUUACGUUCUUGUGACUUCACACCUCUGUUGUUGAAAGAUUCCAAACUAGUUACCAACCCCAGUGUUCUCCUUCUAAUACACAGAAUCCAUCAUCACAGAUCAAUCUUUCACAAGUUAGUUCCAAAAUUGUCAUUCUCCUAAUCAAAAAAAUUGAAUGACCUCCUAUUGCCUUCAGAAUUAAGUUAAAUUCUUUCCUACCUUGCUAAGUAAGACCUUCCACAGUUUUACCUCAACAUAGACUGAAUAUUUAAAAAAAAAAAAAAAGAAAAAAAUACAAGAUAUUAAUCCUAGUUUACUGCUUAGCCUAAAUGUAUUCACAUACAAUAUGGUGAUAAUAUCUUGUAAAAUUGUCAUGGGUAUACAAUAUUCUCAUGUACAUGAAAGUGUUAAGAAAUGAGUAUUCUGUUUGUGAUUUCACUGACUAAUUGCUCUGUUGAUAUGAAAACAGUUUCUCCUGUUGACAUGAGAGCAAAGUUGUAGGAAAGCUUCCAGAUUCUUGAAUGUGAUCACACAAAACCGAAAUCCCUGCACUGUUGUGCCAAUAGAACAAUAAAAUAAAUAUAGUUUCAUAAGAGUUGUGGGUUCUACUACAGUUGCAUAGCUUUUGGCAAUUAUUCCAGAAGAAAAAAAUGCUCCUCAAUGUAAGAAAUUAAGUUCUGAAUUCCUUGAUGCCAGAACUACAUCCUUGCCAUCAUGGGAAACAAAAACUAAGAGAAUGACUAUUGUACUUUUCAUUUUUUCUGUUAAUUUUUGAGGUUUUUAAAUUCAAUC